GAAGUAACUAUUUGUCCUCGUUAUUCAAAGUCGAUCUGUUCGGUGAGGCAGUUUUGGACGCAUUGUGUGAUUUUAUGCUAACGCGUCCACGUACAGGGUAUGACAAGGGUUCUGCAGUCGUGGUUUUCCGCCGUGGUCUUUUGGGUGAGAUGGCCGCACAGGCGUGGAAGUUGGUUUGUGUUUAAACGUUGCUAGGCAGUAUUAGGGAGGCGCAUAUAACGGUUGUCGUUUUGUUGCUAUUGAAUUUUAAAUCAAUUUGGACUGUAAAGUUCGCUUGAAAGCAGUAAUUUCUCUGUUGACAUUUGGCGUAUGUUCCUGGGAACUAGACGUCACUCCAUCGAUUAGCCAUUCCCUCUAUGGCCGCGUAGCGAUUUGCGUUCAUUAACCCACAUUUAGUGUUUACCUUCCUGAGUUUAGCGUUCGGUUUCAGACAGUAAAAUGUAGCCCAUAGGGGUCCACUAGGUUUGUUGAUGUGCAGAGCGCCCGGACGUCGGCGUCUGUGCGUGGGAGUUCCCCUGCCGUGUCUAUGUAUUUGUCCAUGUUGGCUAACUGCUUUGAUUACCCACCUCUACGUGAUCGUCUAGCCUUGCUGUGUGCGUCUAUUUCCCACGAAGUGGGUUUGGGUCAUUUGAUGUUGAUUUAGUUGUGCAUAUUUGCAAUUUUUUUUUGUUUGGUGUGUGUGUUCAUAUGUGUUAGUUUGGGUUUAAACGGCAGCACUGAUAAUCGGGUGACUCAUGAUUUUGUACUGUGCAGUGCGGAGGAGGCAACUGAUUUCCAAAUGUAUUCCCUGGAAGUGCUGCAGUCCUUGUCUCAGUCACAGAUUUCAACUGCUGUGUAUGUUGAGUGUCAAAGGAGAGGGGAGGGGGAGUGUUAGUGUGUGGAAUUUGAUGCCCCGCGGUCAGCUGUCCCUGCACAUUUGUCUAAAUGGACAGAAAGGGAACAGUUGAAGUGCCCCAGUAGUAUCCUGCCUGGCAAUCCAGACCCUCCUAAACUCUCACUUUCCGGUGCGUCCUGUCCCGCCGGUGGUUCACAUUCUCCUUUUGUUCGGCUGAAACCGUCGAGGACAUUCCUCCUCAUCUGCUUCUGUUUGCCAUCAAACCUCUUCUGUUAUGUGCAGCCACACCUUGUAUGGCUGUAUGGUAUAAAUAGUUCAUGUGUAAUAUGGACGAGUUUGACUGUCCACGUUCCGUUGAAGAGCUCUGUUGGAGAACACUCUGAAACUGGACCCAGCAGUAACACUCUCUACCCGAGGUCACUGUGCUUCCCACUGUUAGGGAAGAUUGGAUUGUCUGGAAGCUCCUCGUCUUCCUUCUAUAUGGUUAUAUCACACAAGAGGGUUCUUCGCCUGUGUGGUCUGAAAGCACAGGAGAGCUCAAGGUAGGCUUUACCACUACCAGCCCAGUCACCAGAAGAGGAGAGAUGAGGACAGCGUCAGACUGAAGUCCCGUCCUGGGGGAUAGGACACUGCGGCAACCCUCUCCGCUCAUCUUUGCCUGCCUGCCUGUGUGUGUGUGUGUGUGUGUGUGUGUGUGUGUGUGUGUGUGUGUGUGUGCCUGAGUGCUGUAGAGCCAGCCAAAAAUAUGAAUUGUAGACAUACAGAACUGCAUGUGUGUGUGUGACUGAGGGUGUGUGUGUGUGUGUGUGUGUGUGUGUAUAUGUCUGUGUGUGUGAAUUGUCUAUUCAUUCUCUGUGAAAAUGGACUGGUCACUGGAGAAGAUGCGUGAGCUUGUAGCCGGCGGCAUGCAGUCGAUGCGCGAGUGCGAGUCCAGCGUGGUGGGCACUGCCCUGUGUGUGGUACUGCUCUUCGUGUGGUACUGCUACCGUGUUGGGCGCGAGCAGAGCAUACCCGGCCUGCGUGGCAGCUACGGUGUGGCCGAGACCAGGCGCGGCAGCCUGGCCGUGCCGGGCACCGGCUCCCUCAUGCCCUCGGAUGGAGUUGGAGGCCUGGGCAGGUCUAAGGGACGCCAGUGCACCGGCGAGGAGCUGAACGGCUUUGCCUACUGCCAGUCGCCCGAGUGCUUUCGCUGCACCCAUGCAGGCGAGGGGCUCAACCAGCGCCUCUACCACAGCUUGCAGGACUAUGCCAAGCGCUACACCUGGGCGGGCAUGGGCCGUGUGCACAAGGGUGUGCGCGACCAGGGUCGCUACCUGCUUUCGGGUCGGCCCUCCAUCCAGAAACCCGAGGUCUUCUUCCUGCCCGACCUGCCCUCUGCGCCCUUUUUCUCACGGGACGCACAGAAGCACGACGUGGAGCUGCUGGAGCGGAGUUUCCCUGCGCUGCUGGCCGAGUUCGAGAGUGUGUACCGGUUGCCUGCUGCUGCGGCGGCCGCCGCCCGUGGUGGUGGAGGUGGUGGCAGUGGUGGCGGUGGUGGUGGCGGCACCUCCUCGCUGCCGCCGGGGUGGAAGGCCAAUAGCACGCCGCGCGGCCAGUGGUGGACCUUCUAUCUGGUCAACCAGGGCAUGCCACUGGCCAUGAACGCCCGCAGGUGCCCGCGUGCCUGGAGGGUCCUGGGCCAGCUGCGCACCUUCAUCGCCAACAACGUGUUUGGCAACGCCUGCUUCUCUGUCAUCACGCCAGGGGCCGCCAUUGCCGAGCACUAUGGGCCAACCAACGUGCGUCUGCGCUGCCACCUGGGUUUGAAGGUGCCUGCUGGGUGUGAGCUGGUGGUAGGGGGAGAGCCGCAGUGCUGGUCAGAAGGCAGCUGCCUGCUGUUCGACGACUCCUUCCUGCACACGGUCUUUCAUGAGGGCACUGCUGAGGACGGCCCCAGGGUGGUCUUCAUGGUGGACCUCUGGCACCCAAAUGUGGCAGCUGCAGAGAGGCAGGCCCUGGACUACAUCUUCAGUCCUGGACACUGAGAGAGAGAGAGAGAGAGAGAGAGAGAGAGAGAGAGAGAGAGAGA